AUGACCUCCGAUAAACAAAACAACGGCUACUCCGCCAAACCAUUUACGCCCACACUCAGUGCGGCCUUUCACCGCUCCAACAAGUCUCCCCUGACUCCGAAAUUAGCCAGUCCCAGUCCAGGCCAUCCUGCUUCUCGCCGUCUCGCCAAUCCUGACCAUGCUCAUCCCUAUUCGACUCCAUCCAAGGAGGACCUGCCCGCUGCCACUCCGAGCUACCUCGGUGUCAAUGUCACCCCUCGCUCGGGAUCUCGAAAUACUCGCCGCGAUGUCGGGUUCCCAUCCCCAACAAAUACUCCUCCCCUCUCGUCUCCACAGACUCCAUACGCCCAACCCACGGUAGGCCUGGGCCUCAAUGGUGUACGACGGGAACGCAGUCCGGCUCGUGGGGUGAAGUUAGAGCAAUCGAGCAGCUUGAGGGCAAAGACACUCAGAGCAGAAGGACAGCAAGUGUCCCGUCCAAACUCCUUUACCGAUAUGGCCGCUGGCUCGCCCAUGUUUUUUCAUGCCACCGAAUCACGAUCGUCCAAUUCCUCCGAUGUUGAACUGUCUCGUCCGAAACAGGGGAAGAUGCCACCAGCCUCGAGUUUCAUGUACGCCAAUGGGGAUCAAGAACGACACUCGUCACCAGAAGGAUCCUACGUCACAACUGCCUCUUCGCGCCGGUCGGGGGGACUCCCUCGGGUUGCUCCUACCACCAGACAAGGUCCUUCUCCCGCUCCGCGCCUGAAAUCCCCUCGUGUUUCAGACGCAACGUCUCCGCUUAUCGACACCCAGAGCAAUUCUAGUCCGAACCUAGAUCAGACUGUUGAGGGCCUUUUACCACGAUUCGGCUCUCCCCCAAGCAUCGUAUCAGAUGGACCGCAAGUCCUUUCCAUCGGGAAACACCGAAAGUCGUCCAGCAUGGACUCCUCUAGUCAAACACAUCACCCGAUGUCGCAACGAAAUGGAAUCCAUGCUAGCCCAGUUAUUAUGCCCAAUAUUCAAACACACCACGCCGAAGGUCCCGCCCCUGUCUUAUCCGACCAGGUCCCGCCACUUCGCCCCCGUCUCUUCAGUAACGGUUCCUCCGUCUCCACUGACCCAUAUCAGUCCAGGCCUAUGAGCCCUGGGAAAUCAGAGAGUGGGGAAGUUGCUCUGAAUGCUCGAACGGAACGAAAAAUCAUGGAUUUGGAAAUCAGCAACUCUUCUCUACUUGCUAUCAACCGAACCCUGGAGCGAGAAAUGCGCAAGCAAAACGCGGAACUUCGCCGGUUCCGGCGCUUAAGUCGCUCUGGUCGCCUAUCCAUGGCUCCUUCUACUCGCUCCUUUUCUGGCACGGCGCUGUCAGUAACGAGUGAACUGGAAGAAGGCACCAGUGAACUUUCUUCUUCACGAUCUCACGAUGAAAUGUCCGAUUUCAGCGACGAAGACUCUGUUGCAGAUGACGGGGUCGUCAGUCCCGACACCCUUGCUGAUCAUGAUGCAAAGCAUCGUGCUCAUGAUGAGAAACGAUUUAUGCUCGAUCUAUCUCGGCACCAGGAGUUCCUGGUGGACAGCCAGAAAUUAAAUCAGAGCCUCAAACGAUGUCUCGGAUGGACUGAAGAGCUGAUCAAGGAAGGCCAGAAGGCCCUUGAGUACCAUGUGCAUGUCCAGGAUGUGGCUAUAGGCGGCCGCGUCCUAUCUCCAGAGGAGUUGGGCGAGGUCGGCGAAAGUGGGCGAUCUCUUCUCAGCCCAUCGGCCCACUACGGCUCUUUUGUGGCCCCGGAAUUACCGUUUGAUGAUUCUACCUUAACCGACCCAGCUUCACUCCCUUUACCAUCGUCUCCUGGCGGGACCGAUUAA